CUACACAUUCGGUAUUGUUAUCUUCGUUAUCAAAGAACAAUUUUACUACAUUCCCUACGCGCAGUUGGUUGAUGCAAAGUGUUAAAUUUUAAAGCAUUAAAUUUGCUAGAGGUUUUAUAUUCAAAGUGCAUUUAAUUGACCACACCAUUCUGUGGAGUGGCGUGUGUUUUGCGUACCGUUCCUACUACCAAAGACGCAGUAAACCAAAAACAUGGACAUCGUUAUAAAGUUGAACAGCCAAACAGUGGGCAAAGACAAAAUUGCAAGGUUUUGUCAAUAUUCUUGCCGGGCCUUGUGGGCCGCGAAGGUCGCCAAUAGCACAUCACCCACAAACGAAUCCAUUCAACUGUUAAAACACAUCGAAGGUAUUCUCAGCUCAUUCCGCAAGUUGCUGCGGUUCGGAAAAGGAUUCGAGGUGCUGUAUGGCGCAGUGGCAAGCAUCGAAUUGAAGCAUGUUUCGCAGCAACUUUUCAUCGUACUUGGGAAACUUUCCUCGGGGUUAUUCCUGUUGGCGGAUCACGUAGUUUGGUUGUCGCGCUCCGGUAUCAGCAAAGGUGUGGACACCACAAAAUGGCUGAAUCGUUCAAAUCGAUUCUGGCUAAUUUCGAUCCUGAUGAAUCUAUGCCGGGAUCUACAGGAACUUUAUCGACUUUUCGUGUACUACAGUCGUUCAAAUAUCCGCAAUCUGCAGCAAUCACUUUCGGUCAUCUACCAGGAAAACAAGCCGCUGCUAGUGGACACGGUGAAGAACGUUUGUGAUGUUUUCAUUCCCCUAAACGGAUUGGGUUAUAUUGCAGUUUCUAACCAAACCAUCGGCAUACUCGGUGCUGUAUCUUCAAUCAUGGGUCUGUUGCCGUUACUGUACCCAAGAUUAAAGUUUUAGCGCAUCAUCUUCUGGGGAUGCAAAAUAAUUAUUUGACCAGAGAUUAUCUAUGUAAAUAAGAAGCAAGGAACAACUAAAAGAAGCACUAACCUGGGAUAUUUAUAGGGCAUGGUAGGUGGGUAAUUUUUGAGAAAUUUUCUUUAAAUUAAUCGGGAAGUGGGCUAAGAGCAUUCGCAAUAA